AGCGGUGUGACGUCAUGAAACGCGAUGCACGCUCCGGCAGAAGAGAUGCCGGAGCGCAACAGGCGAGCGCACAUCGCGAGCGCACAACUACAAUGACAACUUCCUGAUAUCUUAACCAAAAGUGUAUUCGAACUCUUUGCGCUUUUGUUUUUGGACAGCAUUGGCUUUCUUCUGUGUGCUGUGUGUGGUGCUAUGCCUGAUGACGAGAUGAUUUCAUCACUACUCUCUAGACAUUUGCUAAAGUGGAGGUCUGCAGUUGGGAUCCUGUGGUACCUGUUGAUUCUGUGUGAUUGCUACAAUCUGGAUGUGGGGCAUCCUUUAGUUUUUCAUGGACCCAAUGGAUCUUUAUUCGGAUACUCCGUUCUGCUUCAUCAGCAUGCUGAAGACACAUGGCUGAUAGUUGGAGCGCCUGUGGCUGAUUCCAGCUUUUAUCCUCAUACCAAAAAUCCUGGAGCCAUCUACAACUGCAGUGUGUGGAGCUCCCAAUGUGAGCAGCUCCCUGUUGGAGGUGUACGGCACUGUGGAAGACACUGUUUGGCAGAGAAUGAUAACCAGUGGCUGGGUGUGAGUCUGUCCCGGCACCCCUCAAAAGGCCAUGUUUUGGCAUGCGGACAUCGGUGGAAGAAUAUCUACUACUCUAGUAAAGACAAUCAGAACAAGCUGCCGCAUGGUGUUUGCUUCAGACUCAGCCCAGAUUUAAAACAUGCCAAUCACAUUAUCCCCUGCUAUAAAGAUCAUCAGAGGAAGUUCGGUGAUGGUUAUGGGUCAUGUCAAGCAGGAAUAUCAAAUUUAUUAACAGAGGACCUGAUGGUCAUGGGAGCUCCUGGUACCUCAUACUGGACCGGAUCCGUUCUUGUCUACAACACCACAAGCAACAUUUCAGCUGCUUAUGUGGAUGAUGACAGUGAAGUUCUCUUUGGCAGCUAUUUAGGUUAUGCAGUUAGUGCUGGACACUUUCUAGACCCUCAAAGCACUGAGAUAGUGGGUGGUGCUCCCCAGCAUGAACAGACUGGUAAAGCCUACAUAUUCAGGAUUGAGGGCAACACUUUGAAAAUUGUUGCCAAAACCAGAGGCAAGAAGCUCGGCUCUUAUUAUGGAGCUAGUGUAUGUGCUGUUGACCUGAAUGCAGAUGGACUGUCCGAUCUGCUGGUUGGGGCUCCUAUGUUCAGCUCAGUGAGGGAGGAGGGACGUGUAAAUGUCUACAUAAACCAGGGAGAGGCUAAACUGAAAGAGGCAGACUUUGAAUUAGUUGGGAGUGACUCCUACGCAGCACGUUUUGGAGAAACCAUCGUGAACCUUGGUGAUAUUGACGAUGACGGAUAUCCAGGUACAGUACUAAGUCAGGUGUGUUUUAUGGGAAUUUUAUGUUCUUAUCCAGAUGUUGCAGUGGGAGCUUUCCUGUCAGACUCAGCUGUGGUGUUCAGAACGCGUCCAGUAGUGAAGGUGGAUGCUGUCAUGUUGUUGCCUGAGAGCUUGAACCGGUCCAUAGCCCAGUGUACUGAAAAUGGUCUUGCUGCAGUGUGUGUCAAUGUUAUGGUGUGCUUCAGAGUCGGAGGAAAACAAAUCCCGGGAAACAUAGAACUGAAGUACAACAUAACAGCUGAUGUUCAUCACAAAGAUGGCUUCCCUUCUCGUUUUUAUUUCAAUGGAAACGGCACAUCCAAUGUUACAGCAGGCAGAGUGAAGGUCAAGCAUGAGCAGCUCACCUGUGCCACCCACCAGGCCUUCAUGAAGAAAGACGUCCGGGAUAUCUUCACACCCAUCCAUUUUGAGGUGAAAUAUGAACUUGGAGAGCACCGUGUGCAACAGAGGGACUCAGGGGGCUUGCCUUCUCUCAAACCCAUUCUACAGCAGAAGGAUGAACAGGCGAAUGUCGUGAAAAACAAGACCAUCUUUGCCAGAUAUUGUUCCUGGGAAAACUGCUCAACCAACCUGCAGGUUUCUGCUCAUUUCGUUUUACCGCAGUCCUACAGGAACAUGCCAUACUUUGCUCUGGGUAACGGAAAAAGCAUCAUGUUAAACACCACACUGGUCAACAUUGGAGAUGAUGCUUUUCUACCCAAACUUUACCUGAGGUUUCCCAGCAACCUGCAUUUCAUCAAAGUGCUGGAGGAAGAUAAAUACAUCAGCUGUGAAAUCGCAGAGGAGAAUAAAGUGGCCAUCGGACUGGACUGCAAUGUUGGGAAUUUAUACAUCCCCCCUUUCUCAAAGAUCAACAUCACCUUUUUACUAGAUGUGAUGCAGAACAGCAGCGCGGGGAACCUUAGUAUUAACAUCAAUGCCACGAGCGAGAACUUUGAGAACACAGAUCUUCAGCACGACAACGUGGCCGUUCUUACGCUGCCCUUGAGAUAUGCAGUUGGCCUCAAUGUUCACGCAUUUGUCUCCCCGACUUCAUUUCUGAUUGGAGAACAAGAGUCGGUGCCGGUCGACUGCUAUCCUGAGAAGUUCAAUUAUACGUACAAGAUUAUAAAUAUGGGUCCUAGUAAAGCUCUUGAUGCGAGAGUAAAGAUCAGCUUGCCUCUGAUGCUGGUGCCAUACAAAUACCAGCUAAUCAGGAUUACCGAUUUACAGACAACUCUUGGGCAUUGCUUCCAGAGGAACAAUACAGUUCAGAUUAUUGAUGACUGUGACAUCCCUGAAGCUUCCUUUAUUCAAGAACUUGUAUUCUUUUUCUCCCCAAAAAGCAAGCGCAUAAUGUUCUGUGGUCCUGAAGAUAAGACCUGUAGGAUGAUGGAGUGUCACUUUGGUGACUUGGAGGUUGGGAAGGAAGUUACCAUCACUAUGGAAGUGGAGCUCAACCCUAGGGUUCUCCAGAUGAGUCCAGGAAGACAUGCUGUCAUGAUGAUACAAGGCAUGAUUGACCUCAUUUCACCAGUAAAGAAUGCCAGCACCAUCCUACUACAGGAUGAUGUUUCUGCUAGAGUGUUCUUGGAGGCUCUGUACAGCAAUAAGCCUGUGAUGGCUGUGCAGAUUUUUUUAAUAGUAUCCAGUCUGAUCGUUGGACUGAUCAUUUUAGCCCUGCUUGUCCUUGCCCUCUGGAAGCUUGGAUUCUUUGAGCGGAAGUUGAAGGAGGAGAAGUUUGACCGAGACAGUUGGGACUAUGUACCUAAGACAGAAAGUGUGUCAUAAUAUGGGAUUUACACCACAUACAAAACCAAUCAGAAUGCAAGGGACAAACCAUGAAGGACUAAUGCUCUGUCGACAUCAAGAGCUGGACUCAUGAUAACCUAUGGCCAUUAACCGUAAUGGCUGAGAACAUUUAUCGCAAAGCGAUGAAGAGUACAAAAACUGUCAAAAGACUGCAUUUUCUGUCAGCAGGAUGAAGCCAGUGCACUUUAGAGUAUGGAACAAACUACAUGUGCUCAAUGAAUCGCUCCGGGACUGUCAUGCCAAGGGAGAAAAGGAUUCAGAAUGUAUUGUCGCUACAGAACUUUACGGCUCUGUUCCAAAACCUAGUGAGCAAUCUUUGUAGGCAGCAUUUUUUCUGAAGUGUGAAGGCGGUUUCUAAAGGUAGGAAGCGUGGCCAAAUUUUAAGGCAGUUCCACGAAUACAAUUUAUAAGGUGCUAUUUGAGUUCGGAUUCUGCCUUAACAGCUGCCUAUUUAGAUUGUAGACUGCAAGGCAGCUCACUAGGUUUUGGAACGGAGCCUAUGAUCACUGAACAACAUAUUGGCUAAUGGACUGCUGUAGAGGAGAAAUCGCACUGCUGUAGCUUUUCUUACUAAGGUUAUUCCUGUGUAUAUCCGAAGAGAGACUCGCUCUUUUACGCCUGCAAGUUAGUAUACCCUCCACAGGGGUGACACAGGAUUUUCUGGCACUCUCCAUCACCCUUUCCGAAGCAGAACAUUGCUGCAGUUUUCACACCUUUGCAUCACUGCGGUAUCGGUUCUCCUUGCAAAAAAAGGAGGAAAUGACACGCAUUCUCUCUCCUCCCAAGCUCUCGCUGCUGAGUUCAAUAGUUAGAAGUUUAACGGAGACGCCAGAUGGAAGGAGCGAGUGUCUGCUGUGUGCUCUGGCUGGGUGCCAUGGAAACGGGGCAAAGGAGGCUGCUGUUGUGUGUCGAUACUGCACUACAGAACAGUGACAGAAUUGGCAUGUGUCUGGCUCCCAGCCAUUGCUUAAGAGUGUGUGUUCAUUUAUAGGAAAUAAAAUCCACAAAUACACAACGCACCAUCACCUCUCACUCAUAUGCAGGCCCAUACUGAAUCUGCACGUGCAGAAAGCUCUAAAAGUUAUAUUUAAGGUUAUAAAUGAAAACAUUUAUAAAAAAAACUAGCACUGAUAAAUUACGAUAGAUUCGAUAAAUAAAAAAAAUUGAGUUUUUGAAUGAAAACUAAGCUGAAGCUAAAAGUGUUCACUCAAAUACAAACCAAAAAUUCAAUAAAAUUACAGAGACAAUUAGUUUUUGUAUUUUCAAUUAAAUUUAAUU